UGAAUUUCAUCGAAAUGACGGAUAAUCCUUGAAUGAACAGUUGCUAUGGUAAUUAAAAAGUAAACAAGCAACGUUAUUUACAUUUUGCAGUCGCGUCUUAUUUAUUCACAAUUGAAUAACAAUGGAUAUGGCAAUGCAAAUUAAAGAUGGGCAGUACACGAAAACUAUUUAUACAAUGAUAAAGGAAGCAAGAUACGAUGAAGCCAUCAAGGCUCUCAAUGACGCCAUCAACUUCAGUCCGAACCGAGCCGGAUUGUCCCUGCUUGGGUACUGCUACUUUAGAACACAGUCAUUCAUUGAAGCAGCUAAUUGCUAUGAACAGUUAUCAGCUAUGCAUCCUGAUAUUCCUGAAUAUAAGCUGUAUUUCGCCCAAUCACUGCACGAAGCUUCUAUGUAUGAUGAGUCCUACAAAAUCACAAUGCAAAUCACAGCUCCGCAACUUGAAAGGAAGGUCAUUAAGUUGCAAUCAGCCAUUAAAUACGGUGAGGAAGAUACGAUCACGGCUAAAGGACUCGUGGAUUCUUAUCCGCAAGAAGAUCCAGACAAAGACAUAAACCUUGGUUGCUUAUUGUUCAAAGAAAAUCAAUAUGAAGAGGCGUUACAGAAGUUUUCGCGAAGCCUCAACGUUGUGGGAUUUAAUGCACAUCUUCAUUACAACAUCGCACUGUGCUACUUCAAACUUAAAGAAUACCCCCAAGCAUUGAAGCAUAUAACUUUAGUAAUUGAAAGGGGGAUCAGAGACCACCCUGAGCUAGCAGUAGGCAUGCAAGCAGAGACUUCAGAGGUCAAGUCUGUUGGAAAUACUCUGACUCUUCAUGAAACCGCUCUUACUGAAGUAUUCAAUCUGAAAGCCGCUAUUGAAUUUCAGUUGAAGAACAUAGAAGCGGCGCGUGAAGCUCUUAGCGACAUGCCACCCAGACAUGAACAUGAGCUAGAUGCAGUCACAUUGCACAACAUCGCGUUAACUUCUAUAGACAUAAAACCAACUGACGGUUUCGAAAAAUUACAUUUCUUACUUCAACAAGAUCCAUUUCCCGCUGAAACAUUCGCCAACCUUUUGUUGCUAUACUGUAAGUUUGAAUACUUUGAUCUAGCAGCAGACGUGCUAGCUGAAAAUGCACAGUUCACGUAUAAAUAUCUAACCCCAUAUCUGUAUGAUUUUUUGGAUGCUAUAAUUACCAGCCAGACAUCGCCAGAGGAGGCAUUCCAGAAAUACGAAGACAUUGCUUCAAAACACGCAGAACAACUGAGAAAGCUUACCAAAGUUGUGCAGGAAAGUCGCUCUCAAGGGGAUAACGAUCAAGUAAAAAAAGCAGUCGUUGAAUAUGAGGAAGCUUUGGAAAGAUACAUUCCAGUGGUCAUGGCUCAAGCAAAGAUCUACUGGGACAUGGAAAACUACGGACAAGUAGAGAAGAUUUUCCGCAAGUCUGUCGAGUUCUGCAACGAAUCGGAUGUCUGGCGGCUGAACGUUGCUCACGUGUUAUUCAUGCAAGAAAACAAAUAUAAGGAAGCAGCCAGCUUCUAUGAGCCCAUUGUUAAAAAACAAUACGAUAAUAUUCUAGAUGUAAGCGCAGUUGUUUUAGCUAACCUUUGUGUUUCUUACAUUAUGACGUCACAAAAUGAGGAGGCUGAGGAUAUCAUGCGAAAAAUAGAAAAAGAGGAAGAGCAACAAAUAUUUGAAGAUCCUCAAAAGAAAUUCUAUCACCUCUGCAUCGUGAACCUGGUCAUUGGCACAUUGUAUUGCGCCAAAGGAAACUACGAGUUUGGUAUUUCGAGAGUUAUAAAAUCACUUGAACCUUUUAAUAAACGUCUGGGUACCGAUACUUGGUUUUACGCCAAGCGAUGCUUUUUAUCCUUCCUGGAGAACCUAGCUAAACACUUGAUUGUUGUUAAAGAUAACACAAUAAAGGACUGUCUACAGUUUCUCGAAGGUUGCGAGACAUACGGGCGGCGAGUGAGUACUGUUAUCGAGAACCCAUUUCAAGAAGAAGACGCCCACACUAAGGCUAAGCAGACAGUCACGUAUGAAGCGAGACUGUUACGUUACAUGUUUUAUAAGCUUAAGAAUAUCGAUGACUCUGUCACUAUAAAUAAGUAUGAGGAUUUAAAAUAAAUUCUU